UGCUGUUUCAUGCUUUCACUACUCUCGCUUCUUUUCCGUAGUCCCUUUCCCAUCUCCUUGUACUAUUCCAUGGCUUCUUGGUAUUUCCGUUGUGUCGGUCUUGAUCCAUGAAUUACAAUCCUUUUUCAAUUGCAUCUUGUAAGUUUAGUCCUAAAUCGACCACAACUUUCAUUUUUCGGAAUCGAAUUUGGAAGGAAAUCACCAGGUGAUAGUGGGAAGAUGAAGAUGAAGAUGAAGAUGAAGAAGAAGAAUCAUGAUGAUGAGACAGUUAAGAAUAAGCGGUUUCUGAUCACUGUGAAUGUGCUUGGAAGUUCAGGACCUUUGCGAUUCGUGGUGAAUGAUGAUGAUAAGGUUUCGGAAGUUAUCUAUUCGUCUAUGAAGAUGUAUGCUCGUGGUGGACGACUUCCUGUUCUUGGCUCUGAUAUCAAUAAUUUAUUGCUUUAUCCAUCAAAUGCAGGAUCUGAAGCAAUGAAAGCGGAUGAAGCAGUUGGUGCAUGUGGAGAAAGGACUUUUGUGUUGUGCAAGAAACAGAGUCGUCCUCAGAUGACUGAAACUCGAUCGGAGAUGAUCAACCGCCACCGUCGGAGCCGCGGUUGGAAGGCGUGGUUCAAGAUUUUAUCUCAUUAAUCUUGUACUUUGAGAAUAACAAUUUUACCAACAAAACUCGAGAGAAAUAAAAAUAAAAUCUAUGUAUUGCUUAAGUUGGUAAUAAAAUUGGCUAUUGAUCGGUCUUUUUAAAUAC